AUGGCUUAUAAUAUCCUGAAGUAUCUUGAGGAUGAUAUGGUUGAAAAUAAAGAAAUUCAGAGCGGGCAAUGCUCCGAGUGUACGAUCAAUAUUUUGACAUCACCCAUCAAAGUGCUCACCAUCCUCUCUUGCGGACAUAUUUUUCACAGGCCAUGUAUCAAGAAGCAACUUCUACAUACCAAACCCAGCACAUGCCAAUUUACCGAUUGUGGAGAGAAUAUCAAUAUUAUUGUGGACCCAAAUUCUAUUAGGAGAGGUUUGCAAUCAUCCCAAUCUAAUAGAACUUCGGCCUUAACUAAUUUAAUUGGUGAAAAGUUUGUCCUGAAUUCACCAGUUAUACCAGAAGAGGGAAGACCAGAAGAUUCAAUGGAUGUGGACCCUGACAGUAAUGUAGCACUUAUGAGUGUGCUAUUAUCAGGCAGGGAGCAAA